AUGGUGUGGGAAGAACUAUGGAACUCACUGACCUGCGGCUCCAGAGGCCCGCACCUAUCCCAGGCCAGCCGCUCACACCGCCUCUGGGCCAGUGCAGACCUCCGAUUCCUGGCCUUAGCCGUUACCAAGAUACUAGACAACACAGGGAAUACGCUCACCUUAAUCACCGUCGCCGACUGCCGCCACUUUAUCAACGGCUUCCGCUUCUCAGUAGCUCUCUCCAGGAGUCCUCGUGGAGCCCCGCCCCAUAUCGCGCUAAGAUUGCGUCAUUUUAGGUGUCUGCAACUCUGCCUAUAUAAAUUCCAGCCCGCUGUUGCCUUUUGCCCUCACGUCCCGGGGAAACACCGGCAGGCUCAAGCGUCUCCCCGGGGACGGAGGGACUGGGGGCGCCGUUGCCUGGGUAGCGCGCGGGCGAGCCUGGACUCAGGCGGCACGCGGGACAACCUCCGUGCGCCGGCCUCCCUGAAGCCCCCGGUCCUCGAGGCGGCGGCGGCGGCGGCGCGCAGAAGACUGGGCCGGGCGGAAGAAGUCGAGCCCGAGAUAUUUCCGGUUCCGGUGUCAGUUCGAGGCGCCGCCGCAGCUGCCGCCGCCGCCGAAUCCGCGAUGCCUAAAGGAGGGAGAAAGGGAGGCCACAAAGGCCGGGCACGGCAGUACACAAGCCCUGAGGAGAUCGACGCACAGCUCCAGGCUGAGAAGCAGAAGGCCAGGGAAGAAGAGGAACAAGGAGAAGAAAGUGGAGAUGGGGCUGCGGGGGACCCCAAAAAGGAGAAGAAAUCCCUAGACUCAGAUGAGAGUGAAGAUGAGGAAGAUGAUUACCAGCAAAAGCGCAAAGGUGUGGAAGGGCUCAUCGACAUCGAGAACCCUAACCGGGUGGCACAGACAACCAAAAAGGUCACACAACUGGACCUGGAUGGGCCCAAGGAGCUUUCAAGGAGAGAACGAGAAGAAAUUGAGAAGCAGAAAGCAAAAGAACGUUACAUGAAAAUGCAUUUAGCUGGGAAGACAGAGCAAGCCAAAGCUGACCUUGCCCGGCUGGCGAUCAUCCGGAAACAGCGGGAAGAGGCUGCCAGGAAGAAAGAAGAAGAGAGGAAAGCAAAAGACGACGCGACCUUGUCAGGAAAGCGAGUGCAGUCGCUGUCCCUGAAUAAGUAGCACGGCCUGUGGGAGGAGGCACCCAGGACCUGGGCCGCUCUGCCAGGACCUCUACCACGUCUCGCCCACCCUGCCCUGGCGCCGCUGCAGCAGCCCCUCACGGCAAGGAGCCCCCACCCUGGCCUGGGGCCUCCUUUUCAUCUUGGCACAGAAAUCGUUUGGGGGGAUGGUGGGGGGUGCUGGGGGAAGGGGCAGCUGCCAUCUUUGAGACAGAAAGAUGCGGGACAGCAUUUCAUAUGUAACCAUUCGAAUGUUUUUGCUGUUUUUAGAAUUCAGAACUCUUGUUGGGGGAGCCUGGGAGGUGGGGUCAGAAGAGCUUCCGUUUGUCCCGUAGAUUGCACAGUAGGGGCUGGUCGUACAGAGGGUCGGCUGCUGAUGAGUUUGUAACAGCUGGCCCUGGUCUGUGUUGCCUGGGUGCUCACUCCGAGGGGCUGUCGUCCAGGAGCCCGUGGCCCAGAGUCCCUGAGGGUCACGGCUCAUCCCCAGCCAGGCCCCUCUGCCCUUCCCUGCCCCAUUCCCGCCCUUCUGGCCAGAGCCAGGGCCCAUUCUCAACCUUGCCCAUUGAUCAUUUCAAGAAACCUUUGUUUACUGUGCAGUACCCAGGCAGAACAUGCUCCGCAAGUCCAACUUGUAUAUUUGGCAGAUUAAACUUGACAUUAUCGUAA